AUGGGCCGAGAGACUCCAAAGGCGCAGUCCCCCGAUGUGCUGCAGAGCCUGCUGGGCAAGCUGGACCGGGCGCGGAUCAGCGUCGAUGAAGUCCUGACAACUUUGCGGCUGGAGGGCGGCUCCUCUGGGUGCCUCAGCCCCGAAGCCUUCCGCGCCCAUCUGGGGAAGCUGGGCUUCCAGCUGCCGGAGGCCAAGUGGCAGGAGCUGAUUGCCAACGUCGACCAGGACAAAGAGGGGUACAUUCUGCUGGACAAGCUGGCGGCCAGACUGACCCGCACCAAGUCGCCUGCUGGCACCAUCCCCGCCUUGACUCUGAAAGACGUGCAGGAUGGGGAGUUGACUGCGUCAACGAACCGGGAGCACAGCGAGAGCUGGCAGCCCGGUGAAGACAGGCAUGGCAGCCUGACACAGCGCGAGAGACGGAUGAAUAGCAACCGCCGGAAGCAGACGGUGACGCUGGACCCAAUGACGACCGGGGACGUGAUCUUGGCCAAGAUUAAGGGGGUCCUGAACCGAAGGAAGGUUCGGACGACAGAGAUUUUCCGGUUCCUGGACACCAACGGCAACGGUGCCGUGUCGCCUGAAGAGUUUGCCAGGGGCCUGCAAAGGCUUGGCGUGCACAAGCUGACGGGCGAGGAGCUGAAUGAGAUCAUGCAAACCCUGGACACGGACCGGAGCGGAGAUAUCAGCUUGUCUGAGUUCGACAAGGCCCUGAAGCUGGCCGAGCGCAAGGCCCGCGAAGAGGGCCGCGUGGAGCUGGUGGAGCUGUGGCAAGCGCCCCCGGAUCUCCUCCUGGACUUCGGGACGAACAAGUACGACUGGUCCAAGCGCACGCUGAAGUUCGACAGCAGGUUUACCGGCAAUGACGACCCGCUGGCCUCGCGCGCCGUGACCAGCCGCGACAUCAGCCAGUCCGUGGAUUUCGACGCGCUGGAGGAUUCGGAGAUGGUGAGCCCGUCGGGACACCCCGACAUGAACUCCAGCCGACUGCUGAAUGCUUCUACCAACUCCUGGCUGCAAGCCUCGACUGGGCCGCUGGGCGCCGCAAUGAGCGCGCCCAUUGGCUGCGGCAGCUUGCAUGACAACUUCAUCUUCCGACAGCGGCUGGUAGCGAACACCUGGGCUUCUCACCCCCCCAGCCUGCAGCGCGACCAACUUCCGCUCUACCGACACAGCCGGUACCGGCGAGCCAUUGCGGAGACACGCUGGGGCGCAGAGCCAGUGGGUUUGCCGGAUGAGGCGAUGCAUAAAACUCGCGACGGAUGCCUCUCGGCCAGCCGGCCAAGGUGCUUGCCCCACUUGGACGGCGGCAGGGAGAAGUUCCACGCGCCCUUGCUGAAGUCGGUGAUUGACACCGUGGUCUUUGGCCACGACAUCGACUUUUCGGAGGGGAAGCACUUUGACGAGUCCUUCAAGGCUAAAUUCCAAGACGCCUAUGGCCGAGCCAGCUGGUUCACAGCGACAGAGGAUCAUGGGAGCGGAGUCUUCCGCCAGGCCGCGGUCUGA